CAAACCAACCAAGAUGGCGGGUGCGAAGUUUGAAUAUGAUGACAAAGGCACUACAUUUUAUUAUUUUGUAAUAUCAUUCUACGGUCUGAUCUUAGUCCCUUUGACGUAUUACAUAUGGUUCUUUACUAAAGUAGAAGACCAGGAGAAAAAAAAUGAUCGCGCUUGUAAUUGUCCACCUUGUUUGGAAAAAAGACAUCGUUUGAUCAAAGUAAAACCCAAGUCGAAGACCAUCAGAUAUUUUAGUUUGUUUGCCCUGGUCGUACUGUGGGCCUUGUUCGUGUAUGGCGGCUACAGAAUUUCUCAAUUCGAACGGGAGUUUGUGGAAUAUGAUCCUUACCAUGUACUCGAAAUAGAUCGAGGUGCGUCAAUGGCAGAAAUCCGCCGACAGUACAGGAGACUCAGCAUGAAGUUCCAUCCUGACAAAGAAUCCGGAGAUCCUAAGAAAUUUAUGAGAAUCGCCAAGGCUUAUGAGGCGUUGACGAAUGAAGAAUCAAGGAAGAAUUGGGAGGAGUUUGGUAACCCGGACGGUCCAGGAGCUACUAGUUUUGGUAUUGCAUUGCCGUCUUGGCUGGUCAGUAAAGAGAAUUCAAUGUGGGUACUGGCGGCAUAUGGUCUGGCAUUCAUGAUUAUUCUACCAAUUAGUGUUGGCACAUGGUGGUACAAGUCCAUACAGUACAGCUGUGAUCAGAUUCUAUUGGACACAACACAGUUAUACUAUUACUUCUUCCAUAAAACACCUGGAAUGCAGGUGAAAAGAAUUCUCAUGAUUCUGGCUGGUUCUUUUGAAUUUGAAAAAGGCCACAACGCUGAGGUACAAGAACGGGAAACUGAUAACAUUGAGAUACCACAGGUGAUGCGAGAACUUCCUAAUCUUGGCGACAAGAAUAAAGAACCUCCAUUGUGCUACCCAUAUAGUAUCAAGGCAAGAUCACUGAUUCAUGCCCACCUGUCCAGAAUUGACCUGCCGCCAGACACUCUGAAGCAAGACCUGGACUUGCUCUUGAAGAAGAGUCCUCUGUUGGUACAAGAAAUGAUUAGCAUUGUGGCUCAGUUAAUGGCCAUGGCAAAGGCUGGCAGAACGACCAACAUGCCACGCCUAGAGACAGUAGAAAACUGUAUGAAGAUAAGUCAGAUGCUUGUGCAAGGACUGUGGGAGAAUAAGUCUCCUCUCUUGCAGCUGCCGCACAUCAAUCAGGAUAACUUAAGACAUUUUACAACCAAAAAGAGAAAUAUACGUUCUAUAAAACAGUUAGUUUCAAUGAAAGAAGAGGAAAGAAGGUCACUGCUUAGGAAUCUUAGUAAUGAGGAAUAUAAGGACAUAAUAAAUGUUUGUUGGACAUUUCCAGUCAUAGAAAUGGAUAUAAGAGCACACGUUUUGGACGACACUGAAGAUAAAUCACUUAUAACUGUAGGAGAUAUUGUUACUGUAUCAGUCAAGCUGAAGAGACGGUCACUAGGGGAAUUUUUUGAAGAUGAGAGUACCGAGAUGCAAUCUAUUGAAGCUGAUGGGCAGACUGAAGUCCACCCAGAACCAAAGGAUUCGCCACAGGCACAGAAGGUCUGGCAGAAGAAUAAAAAGAAGGGCAAAAAACAGAAACAAAAUAAACAAGUUAGCAAGAAAAAACCUGUUAAACAACAAAUCAAGAAGAAAGGAAGCGAGGAGAAAGAUAAUCCACCAAAAGAGGAAAAGGACGAAAGUAAGAAAGAAAAAGAGACCAAAGAAGAUGAGGAGGACGGAGAGGACGUCAAUCGAGAUGAAAAAGACCACAGUGGUUCAGAGAGCGGAGACGAGGAAAGCAGCGGAGAGGAAAGUGGCAACGAAUCAAACCAGGAGACUGGGAAAUCACUAGAAGAGGACGAGGAGGAAUGGCAACGACUUCAGGCUGACAUCAAAAACAAAGACGUCAUCCUGGAAACAAAAUCCAAAGAAACACACACCGUGCAUGCGCCAUACUUCCCCGAGGAAAAGCAAGAAUGGUGGUGGAUCUAUGUGACAGACAAGCGACGAACAGCAUUAAUUACCCCUCCACAACAAGUUACUACUUUGAAAGAUGAAGAAGAGGUCGAACUUAAAUUCCAAGCUAAUGAAAAACCUGGUACAUACCACUAUACUGUGUCUCUGCGUUCCGAUUCGUACUUUGAGCGUGAUGUAAUACAGAACUUCAAGAUCACUGUCGAAGAGGCCAAAGAAUUCGAAACAAAGCAAUGGGACUUUGAGAGCGACGAAGACGAUAAAGACUCGGAGGAUGAAAGUGGAGAAAGUGAAUAUGAGGAAGAUGACGAAAAUAGUGACUAAAUCUUGUCCGCGCCCUCCCCUCCCAUGAUACCACGAGUGACCAAAACCACAAUAUGUACACAAUUGGAACGAAAUUGGACGCGUGUUUAAAGGGACUGGUGUAAAGUCUUGGUAAUGAUCAUGUGACUUAAUAUGUAAUUCACAAUUUACAAUCAAAAAACGAGCUUAAGGAUUACGAAUACUUCCGUCUCGAGUUGCUCUUACCCUCAUUUAUCACUUAGAGCGUGUUGCCGACAACUCUAGAUGAUGUGAGGGUUUUACUAUAUAUUGGCUUUCGUCUAUCAAUGCUAUAACCGUCAGAGUGAGUAACCGACUCGGUCCACUUGGAUUUGAAUGUUUUCCUAUCACAGACCACGUGUCAUUGUCUUGAAAAGGAUAUUUUUAGUUUGAGUUGUAUCCAUAUUCUUCUAUUAGUCAUUCCGAGGUUGAGAAAAACUGGGUCGAGUUCAUGUUAUUGCAGUGCAUUGUGGGGCUGAUUUAAGGGACAAAAAUAGACGCCAUCUUGGAAAUAUGUCCCCUUAGACAAUCCCACAAUAGACUGCGAUACCAACUCAACCCAGUCUUUUUCUCAACCUCAGAACGAUUAAUCUAUUCCAGCCUUACUGGUAACACAGAAGUAAUACUCAAGGGAAUGACAUUUGGUUUGUAACGUGAAAACAUUGCAUACAAGAAGUUUGCGUCUAACAUGAUGACGGAAGCGAAAAGCUUUAGCUGUAGACGGAACCGGAACAAGAGAAAAAUUAUAUAAUUAAGACUAAAUUAUUCGUUAAAUUGUGGAUUCUUUCCAGUUAGCAAUUCCGAGAUUGAGGGAACAACUAGGUGGAGUUGGCAUUACAGUGCAUUGUGGGGCUGCUAUAGGGAACAAAAUAGCCGCCGUCUUGGGAAUAUGUUCGCAUAUGCAUAUGUUGCUGUGUUGGUCAAAUAAUAGUCCCCUUCACGACUCCUCUGCAAUAUAGAAUACAUUAUGAUAAUUAACAUCAAAACGAGUGCAAUGGUGAGUCACAUUUACAAACUAAACUGAAUAGAAAAGUACAGAAGGAAAACCGAAUGCACUUUAUAACAUCCGGCGAGACGAUAGAAGACACUUAGUCUCAUAAUCUACAGAACUAGAAACGACUCACCGUUCCUCUCGUCAAUACACCUCAUCACACAGCGCUAUGUUAAACCUGCCUAACCUCGGCCUGAAGCGCUUGAAUGCGAGGCCGCCCGUUCGGUCCAUACGCUCUAAUUGAACAUGAAAACUAAAUCAAUAGGCUUGCGUAACAAAAGAUGUCUUUAGUUAUUCUUACUUUUAAAACAAUUUUGUACCAGAGCCCACGUUUCUCUUGGUCAGCACCGUGCAACGAUUUUUUUCAUGAUGCUGACCAAGAAGAACGUGGGCUCGGUAAGAAGUUCACAUUUAGAGGUAUUUGAAAGGUAAUUCGAUGGAAAUUGUUACAAAAUUUUAGAUAGAAGCUAUAUAUAUAUAUAUCUCUGUAACAUUACCUUUGUGAAUGGGGUUCGGUUAAGAUUUCGUAUAACUAARAGUACGAAGACCGUAUCCUAGAUGAUAGCCCUACCUGUGCUUACUACACCAUAACCAAUGUUAACUACACUGAUUUCUUACUCAUCAGUACUCCCCCACAAUAUCUUAUAGUACGCAAAGGCAGUUUACUAAAAAUCUAGACUAAACGUGAACAAUCAAUAAAAACUAAUACUUACACCAA